UCUUGACAUGAUACAUACCAAAAUUAAAUAUAAUUACUGUAUCACCUUUUUAAAUUGGUCUGACUGCACUUGUCUGACGUGAUUAUCUCACGCACACUUCCUUUCCACGAUUUGGAUUUUCUGUUUAAUUGGUAGAUAUAAAAUACCGCAGAAAACGCAUGCUGUAUUUCCAGUAGAGUUUAUAAAGGCAAGAUGGACUGGCGCGUUAUUGCUUUGUGUGGUGUUGUGUGUUUUAACAUCAGUGGUGCAACAAUGUGCACGCCAAAUUCAAAGUUUAAAAUGGACUGUAACCUUUGCACAUGUUCGACAAAUGGUAAAGAGUACACUUGUACAAACGAAAUGUGUCCACGGAUAAAUACCAAUGAACAAUUCUACAGAACCCAGACCAAAGAUGGACACGUACUGCUGGUUCCAAAGUAUGACGAUCAAUUUAAAUCAGACGAUGAUGCUUAUGUUUUGACACAAAAAUCAAGAAAACCUCGAGUUUCAGAAGGAUAUCCUUACAUUAAUGAUAUGAUGACUUCAAAAAUGGAUAAAGGGGAUAAUAGUAAAGAUGAUGAUGUGGAAAUGAUAAAACCAAAACGACAAUCUGAAAAACUAGAAGUAAGCGAAAAUGAGCCAGAAGUUCCUGGUGAUGUUCCUAUUGACGAUAGCGCUGAUAGUAAUGAAAUCGAUAAUGCCAGAUGGGCUCCCUUUCAACCACGAAAAGCUCCAGACUUUCCUGAAUAAAAAAAUGCAAAUUUGAUUUUUUUAGUUUACUCUUUAAAGUUUAAUAAUUGUACACUAGGAUAUUUUUUUAUCUUCGUCACGAAGGUAAUAAUUUUUUUACACUAAUGUAGCCAAAACAACACUAGGUACUCAAAAAUUCUUCAAUAAUUAAAUAAUGCCAAUACAUAUUAAAAGAAAAUUGUGAUUUCUUAUGUGUGUGUCCUAUAUUAGUGCCAAGUCACACUGUUUUUAUUAUUUGUACACUAUACGAAUAAAUUUGCGUAUUCAAUAGUCCGUAAAUUUUUUUAAAUUUUUGUAAUUGAGCGUUUAUUUUUAAACCUACAAAAACAAUGU